UCAUUAUUGUUAUAUUGACGCGGAAACCGAGGAGUGGGGGGUUUAGGCUCGGAGGGGAUGACGAGUGGAAUAAUUCCGAUGACUCAGAAACCGGCUGAGUCGACUCACCAUCGUCUGUUCCAACUCGUUAAAACUGCUCUUAUCAACAUCUUCGUCUCCCCCUACGCUACUGUAUGUGAUUUGUACUGUGGAAGAGUAGCUGAUGAAGACAAGUGGGAUGAAGCCCUAAUUGGUCACUAUAUUGGCAUUGAUGUGGACUCGUCUGAGGUUAAUGAAAUUCGACAAGAGUGGGAGAGCAAGGGCAAGGCUUACACGUAUCAGUUCUUCGACCUUGAUCCUUCCGUUGAAAAUGUUGAAUUAGGUCUGGAGGACAAUAUGGCAGAUGUAGUUUGCUGCAUGCAACACCUACAGUUUUGUUUUGAUAACGAGGAGAGAGUCAGAAGACUUCUACAUAACGUGGCAACUCUACUGAAGCCUGGAGGUUAUUUUUUCGGUAUUACUCCCGAUUCAUCUACUAUAUGGGCAAAAUACCAGAAGAAUGUUGAAGCAUAUCAUAACAAAAGCAGUAGUAUGAAGCCCAAUAUUGUUCCCAACUGCAUUAGAACUGAAAACUACAUGAUCACUUUCGAAGUUGAGGAGGAGAAGUUCCCUUUCUUUGGGAAAAAAUAUCAGUUCAAAUUUGCAAAUGACAACUCUGCUGAAAACUACUGUUUGGUUCAUUUCCCAAGCUUGAUAAGUUUGUAUAGGAUAUACAAACAUCAAGAGGUAGAAGAGUAUACGAGUCAGUACUCAGUAGUAGAAGAAGAAAUGGAUGAAAAUCUAAGGUUGGCCAGGGAAGCAGGUCUAGAGUAUGUGGAGAUACAGAAUUUGACCGAGUUUUAUGAUGAUAACAGAGCACAAUUUGCAGGUAUGCUGGUUGAUGGUGGUCAUAAUCUUGUUGAUUCUCGGGGAAGACUUUUACCAAGAUCUUAUGACGUGUUAGGUUUAUACACCACAUUUAUAUUCCAAAAGCCUGACCCAGAUAUUGCCCCUCCACUCAUGACUCCGUUGCUGAAUGAUACAAACCAGAACCUUGAUGAGGCAAAGUGGCAAACAACUGUUUAUAGAGAAGAAGAAAUCUAUAUACAGCCAGAGUCAACAGCUUCACUAGGAAAGAUAACAGAACAAAAGGGGAUACUAGGUCCUGGUCCUCCAGAAUUACGCUUCUCAGAAGCUCUAUGAACGUGCCUAGAGAGCAUUGUUGUUGUUGAUAAAGCUCCUAAUUGUUAUAAUUAAAAACAAGAUGCUAAAUAAUUGUUUCAUUUCUUUGUUGUAUUGUUAAAGAAGGUAUGUUAAAAACAUAUUCUUUGAGUAUGAUUAUAGUCUAUCCAGAUUAGUUCAUAAAUGCCACGAUGUAUUCUAGUUGA